GUGUGCGCAGAGGGAAGGGGUCACACUGCAUGAUGAACGGCAGCAGUGUCUCCACGUCUCAGACCUCCAGGAUCAAGAAUGAACCAGACUCCUGGUCUCAGCAGGAAUGUCUCACUCUUCUUGAGAGGAUUCGUUCCCUGCUCCCAGACGUUGAUGCUAUGAAGUAUAAAACCACCGAGUCUCACUUCGACUGGGAGAAGGUGGGCUUCGGGCUGUUCUCCGGGGAGAUGUGCCGCAGCAAGUGGCUCAAAGUCUCCACAGAGGUGCGUAAGUACCGCACAAUGACGGAGGUCAUCUUCGACGCCACAGAGUUCGUGAGGAAUCCGUACAAAGGCAAGAAGCUGAAGACUCACCCGGAGUUCCCAAAGAAACCCCUGACUCCAUACUUCCGCUUCUUCAUGGAGAAACGAGCCAAGUACGCCAAGAUCCACCCAGAGAUGAGCAACCUGGAUCUGACCAAGAUCCUGUCCAAGAAGUACAAGGAGCUGCCGGAGAAGAAGAAGCUAAAGUACAUCACUGAGUUCCAGCGCGAGAAGGAGGAGUUCGAGAAGAACAUGGCGCGCUUCAAGCACGAUCAUCCUGAUCUGAUCGAAGAGAGGAAGAAGUCCGACCUGCCAGAGAAACCCAAAACUCCCCAACAGCUGUGGUACAACCACGAGAAGAAGACCUACCUGAAGCUGCACCCCGAGGUCAGUCAGAAGGAGCUGAAGGAGGCUCUGAGGAGACAGUGGUCCCAGCUCUCUGACAAGAGGAGACUCAAGUGGAUCAGCAAAGCCCUGGAGCUGCAGAAAGACUACGAGGGCAGUAUGAGGGCGUAUCAUGUGGCUCACCCUGACGUCUCCGCCGAUGAUCACGUGCGCUCCGUCCUCACUAAAGCAGAGAGACAGCUGAAGGACAAGUUCGAUGGACGGCCGACGAAACCUCCACCUAACGGCUACUCUCUGUACUGCGCUGAGCUGAUGGUGAACAUGAAGGACGUCCCCAGCACUGAGAGGAUGGUUCUGUGCAGCAAGCAGUGGAAGUUGAUGACGCAGAAAGAGAAGGACAUGUUCCAGAAGCGCUGCGAACAGAGGAAGAAGCAGUACGACGUGGACCUGCAGAGGUUUCUGGAGAGUCUCCCAGACGAGGAGCGAGACCGGGUGAUGGGCGAGGAGAAACUGGGCGGGGCCAGAACGGGAGGGGGCGUGGCCAACAGCCCACACAGAUCCAAGACUCCCUCUGUCAAGGAGACGGAGACCUGGACCCCUGCAGCACGGCGGGACGGGAAGAAGGCGGCGAAGCUUCCUGAGACGCCGAAGACAGCGGAGGAGAUGUGGCAGCACAGCGUGAUCGGAGACUACCUGGCCAAAUACAGAAGCGACCGCAGGAAGGCGCAGGCGGCCAUGGAGCAGGCCUGGAAGUCCAUGGAGAAGAAGGAGAAGAUCCCGUGGAUCAAGAAGGCUGCGGAGGACCAGAAGCGUUACGAGGUUCAGUACCAACCUGUG